CCCGGACGAAAAUGGAUUCAGCUGAGAAAUAAUCGAGUAGCCUGAGCUUAAAUCGAUGACGUUUUUAUUAAAUUAAACGUUUUUUUCUCUUUGAGAAAAAGCUCAACUUCCAAAUUAUUUCUGCUUCGUAUCUUUCUGUUUCUGUUCUACUUCAUAUGCGACACGCACAGCUGACAGCUGGCUUUCUAACUACUGUACAAAACCCCAAAGGAAACAAAGUGAAGCGAAGACGGUGAGGGGGUCCUAGGGUGCACCACUAACAGUUUUCACGAGGUCCCAACAGUGUCCGAGUUACACUGCGCGCUCUGCUGACGCAACCACGUCACAGUGGUUCAUAGCGAUGGCGGACCGCAGUGUCCCCAGACUUGCCCAGGGAGGGACCGAGCAAAGUCACUGAGCCACUUUCACCGGCUCCAGUAACCUGUCGCCCGACCACCUGUUAAACGGAGGCCACUGUUGUUGUUCUCGUUGUCCCUCCCAUGAAAUAGUAUGUGGGACGGGAUCUGCUGGGAGUGCGCAGACCGGGACGAGCCAGAAGUGGAGUGAGCAGGAGCGCAGUGUGCCGGGCUGACGCGCCGCAUGUUGAGCCAGCAAGUUGACUGAUAUAAUAAAAGUCGCGUCGACGGGGAAGGGGACAGCCGCGCUCGGAUUUAACAGAGCUUUGAGGGGGACACUUGUUCCGGCAAAAUGAAAUUCGCGGAGCAUCUUUCGUCCCAUAUCACUCCAGAGUGGAGGAAACAGUAUCUUCAGUAUGAGGCAUUCAAGGAUAUGCUAUAUGCUGCCCAGGACCAAGCUCCAUCUAUAGAAGUCACAGAUGAAGACACAGUGAAGAGAUACUACGCUAAGUUUGAGGAGAGGUUUUUCCAGACCUGUGAGAAGGAGCUUCUGAAAAUCAAUACUUUCUAUUCAGAAAAGCUUGCCGAGGCCCAGAGACGAUUUGCGACGCUGCAGAAUGAGCUGCAGUCUUCACUGGACGCUCAGCGAGAGAGCAAUGCUUCGCCCGGUCUGCGGAAACGCAAGACCAGGUUCCACCUGUCGCAGGAGGAGCGCUGCAAACACCACAACAUCAAAGACCUGAAGCUAGCCUUCAGCGAGUUCUACCUCAGCCUCAUCCUGCUUCAGAACUACCAGAACCUGAACUUCACUGGUUUCCGUAAGAUCCUGAAGAAACAUGACAAGAUCCUGGAUACUUCUCGCGGGGCGGACUGGCGUGUGGCUCAUGUGGAGGUGGCACCUUUCUACACCUGCAAGAAGAUCACACAGCUCAUUACUGAGACGGAGACCCUGGUGACCACAGAGCUGGAGGGAGGCGAUCGUCAAAGGGCCAUGAAGAGGCUGAGAGUUCCUCCUCUGGGGGCAGCUCAGCCUGCUUUGGCCUGGACGACCUUUCGCGUGGGUCUCUACUGUGGCUUCUUCAUCAUUCUUGCCAUCUGCUUCGUUCUCACUGGUGCCGUGUUCUUCCGCUCUGAGAACGUCUGGCCUAUGGUGCGGAUCUAUCGGGGCGGUUUCCUGUUGAUCCAGUUCCUCUUCUUGUUGGGCAUCAACACCUAUGGAUGGAGACAGGCUGGAGUCAACCACGUCCUCAUCUUUGAGAUCAAUCCACGAAACAACCUCUCACACCAGCACCUGUUUGAGAUUGCUGGUUUCCUGGGCGUGUUGUGGUGUCUCAGCAUCCUCUCCUGUCUCUACUCGCAGUACACUUACAUCCCCAUGCAGGCCAACCCUCUCAUCCUUUAUGGCUUCAUGGUGCUCUUCCUCAUCAACCCCUUCAAGACCUGCUACUACAAAUCACGUUUCUGGCUCCUCAAAUUGCUGUUUCGUGUUUUCACCGCGCCGUUUCACCGGGUGGAGUUUGCAGACUUCUGGCUGGCUGAUCAGCUCAACUCUCUGGUGUUUAUUCUCAUGGACCUGGAGUAUCUCUUCUGCUUCUACAUCUUCGAGCUGCAGUGGAGCAACAGCAAGGGCCUGUUACCCAACUUUGGAGAUUCCCGAGACUUCGUAUGCCACAGCUACUCCUACGGUCUCCGUGCCAUCAUCCAGUGUCUGCCUGCUUGGCUGCGUUUCAUCCAGUGCUUGAGGCGUUACCGUGACACAAAGAGGGCCUUCCCACACCUGGUGAACGCUGGGAAAUAUUCUACCACCUUCUUUGUUGUCACCUUUGCCGCCCUCUACGCCACACACGAAGUGCUUUGAAUCAAAGAGGAACCCAACGCAGACACGUUCAGUCUCAAGCUGAAAAAUCAACAGUUUCGGUGUGUUUCCUGUAUUACAGGAACAUGUCAGCUGUGGAGCUGUGUGUACUCAAAGAGCAGAGGUGACCUUGAGCGCAAAUGCUAGAAGCUGGCCUUGGUUUCCAUGUCAGUGCCUGGAGCUUUAUAAAGAAAGUGGGAGAGGUCUGUCAAACACAGCUGUAUAUAAACAAGACUCUGCUCUCAGUUCAGGAGGUCAGACAGAGAAGAGGCAGCAGAUUGGUGAAAGUCGUGGAUUUAAAAAGAAAAAGCAGAGAUUUGAAAUUACGAGCAGGUUGGAAGGAGACAGAGGAUGUAAAAAGAGAACGUUAGCAUUAAUAGUCGAGUCACUCGCUCCGUAACAGCUUCAUAAUUACCCUGAAAUUAUUAAAAUGAUUCUGAUUCAGAAGCCAUAUCACAAAGGAAUUCAUGUUCAGAGACGCUCGGGCAGUAAAAGCAUCUCUUUAGCAUGCAGCUUUGCAUUUCUCGUCUCCAUCGCAGAUAUUUGUUCACACGUCUCCUUUCAAAGCUGCUUUUCUAUUUAAACCCUUGCUGGCGUUUUGCUGGCCGAUAUAUUUAUUUUCCAGCAAAAUGCCAGCUAUGAAACUUCAUCUGCAACCUUUUAAAUCACUAAAUGCUAUUUCUCGGUUUGGCUUUUUUCUCUUUCGAUAUAAAUUUAAAUCAAUGCUUUUGCUUCCUAAGCUGACCAUCAGUGAUAUUGGAUGAACCAGAAGGAGAGACAGACAGACCUCGUUUUCUUUUUUUUCUUCCAUCUCAGUAGGAAAGGCGUCCAUUAAACCAUAUCCUCCUUCCUCCUCUGGUCUGAAGCCUGUGUACCCUUAGACUAAUGGCCUCCCUUCAUGUGUUAUUCUGUAUGAAGCUGUCUUUCAUCCAGCGUGAUAAUGGAGGCCAAGCCUGAUCGCUGGUUAAGUGAAGGAGGAGGGUGGGAGGACGGUUCCACAGACACACACAGACACGACGUAGAAUAAACGGUUGAGGAAACUGCCUGUUGAGGAGAUCUUUUGAGUGUUUCCUACAUAAAUAAUGCUUCUGUGUAUUUUAAAGGCCUUGAUGACUGAAUGCGGUUGCCAAUAUCAGAAUAACCUGAAUCCAAAUAUGGUAAAGAAGCAUAAAGAGCCUCAGACACACUAAAAAUACAGAGUCGAGGUAUGAAGGAGCCGUUAGCGCUGAUAUUCACUGGAGCCUUACUGCGGACAGGACGGUGCCAAGUCUGCCUGCAUUGCCCAGCAGACCUGACAGAAAAGACAGCAGGUUGGUAUCAUGUUCACACCACUCGGUCCAGCUGUAAAAGCUGUCUGGAGUGUCAGUCGGUAUCUGGCAAAGGUCCCAGCGCCUGCGAGUGGAUGUGUCACCUUCAUCGCUAACGCUUUCAUUGUGACCUCACUGCCACAUCACCUCGCCGGUUCCUGGAACUGCCCACACAGAACUCCGGGAAGCAAAAUGAAGGAAAUAAAUCACAGGAUUCUCUAUAGAGGGCUGAGUGGUGUUCAUUGGCCUGUGCUUCCAUUUGCUGAUCUAAAUCUGCAAAAUUAAGAGGCACAGUCUCCUCUGUGGUCUAUAUGGGCCAAAGUGGAAUGUGGCAUUGGAAAUUAAAUAAGUAAUCUGUGUGUGUUGGAUCAUAUUUUUUAAUGUGAUUCAGCAAAGCUGAGCAGAUUCCUCCCCUCAGAGGAAACAGCUCACUGCUGUGAGCAGCUGAUUGGACACUGUCAUGAAACUGUAAUCUCAGCAGAGGCUCUGAGGCCUGUAACCUGAGAGAUGCUGGAGGAUUUCCUGGUGUGGGCAGAGUUCCCAAACUGUAGCUGCACUGAGGCCUGACAGUAAAGCAGCUGCUUUUCUCGGGAUCAAUACGGGAUCUGCUUUAUGUACAGCAGCUUGAGACUUAUCACUGUUUGAGAUGCAGAGGAGUUGCAGGCCUAAUGCUAAUUUAAAUUCUUGGGAUUUAUCCAAAGGGAAGGCAAAGGCAGAAGAAAACGAUGUUUCACGGUCAGAACGAGAAACGCAGCCCUGUGCUAGCCAGGGAAAUGUUGUUUGGAGACGGGAAAAUGUGAUGUUAAAGGUAAACCACAAAGUGCAGUGUAGAGUCAUUGCAGGCAUGGUUUUAAAGAGAUCCCUCCAUCUGUAACACCAAAUCCUGUAAAACAUCUAAAAUAACCCUGAGGAACACGACUCCUGUGGGUCUGUGUGUGAGGUUAACUGUGGUGGUGACGGGUGGACACGGACUGAGACGGCUGCAGAGAAGAAUCCGUAAAUUUAGAAGCGAGAAGCUGAGAGGAAAGUAAAAUGUGAAAUAUGAUGGGAAGAGGUUGGAGAGAAAGCAAGGGUGCAGCAGGGGCAAGUGAGGACACGAAAGGGAGGAGAUACUAAGAUUUAAAAGAUAUCAAAACGGAAAUAAUGGAGGAGAGGAGAGGAGAGGAGAGGAGAGUGUAAUUACCAGCCCCGGGCUGAACGCAUGCCUGCCGGACUCUGCUGGAAUAGAGAUGAGGCCUGAACUGACAGCUUUUAUAACUUAAUUUCAGGUACUGACCCCUCGUUCAUUAUCAGGAGAGGAAUUGCAGCACACACACCGACACAGCGCUUGUCAAACACACACUCACGUUUACCGAAAACAGAUAAAAGCUCUGCUUUGGGUCAAACCCUCUCUCUCUCUCGCCAUCUGUUUGAACUCCGAUUCACCCCUGCUAAGCCCAAAAAGCAGACUCUUGUUAUUAUCAGUAAAGCACAUCUCGAUUCAGAUACAAGGUGGAAAUCUGAUAAAGUGCAUCUUCUGUGCACAUGUUGAGAUGGAGCUAACAGGUAAAAUAAUUAAAAUAAAGCUGUAAGUAACAUAUUAGGUUGGAAGAAGUCUGAGCUGGAGUUGAAUAAGCACUCAGAUCCUUGAUUUAUCUGAAAGCACGGAGACAACACUAAAAAUGGCAUUUUAAACCCUGCUCUGAACACAAAGGUAUUAUCUGAAAAUCUCUAUAAAAUAUUCAAACUAAAAGCACCUAAAACUGACCGCUGGGACUGUAUUUGUUAUCAUAUAAUACUACAGUAGUAUUAGGUUGUUUGUACUUAUGCAUUAAUACUUGAAAAGCAUUGUGCUGUUGUAUCUGAUCGAAUUAUGUUUUACAUGGUUUAUUCAUAGAGUGAGGCUGUAAGUUUCUCUCCAGCAGGGCACAAGAUACAUCAGAUCAUUAAUGACGUAUUAAAGAAAAAAAUAUCAUUGUUGGUCUUUUCUCUCAUUUUAAAUAUCGUGUUAUCUCUUUGGACCAGUACUUUUGGGCCUCUAGACUUCUUUUUAAGCUUCCUACUGGUGAUGCUGGAUAAGUGAGGCCUAGAAUAAAUGACAGAGGCUCUUAAUAGUAAAACCAAAGGGGAAAUCGGCCCUACUGAAAACACAUGUAAGGUGAUAACCAGCCAAUGUAGUUAACUGUCUCCAACAAUUUAAACGCUCAUGAUACACUGUUUGAAAAGUUAUUUGCUUUCACCUUUAUUAUGAAAUAAAUGUAUUACCUGUAUAAUAAUGAUGCCGUGGACUUUUAGAUCAGCUCCUCUGUUUCACUGUGCAGUCCUGUCAGACACCAGAUGUUACUCUGGGUGUUGGAAGAACCAGAGGGAGGUGAGGACACGACAGAGAGACAUGAUUCUAAGAUUUAAAUGUUGAAACGCUUUUAUCAAAGAAAAAGAAAUAGUUGAACAGGCUGAGUGACACAUGAGGACGGUGGGAUAGGACUGAGGAGGAGGGCUCUGGAGAAAGUUCAAAAGUUCUAAUCACCCCAAUACAGUCGGAGGGACGGUGGAUUUAUCAGGCAGGAGGAAAAGAGAAGGUCACACAGAAGAUUCAUGGAGGAUUGGUGUGCAUCCUCACAACGGAUGGGGUGAGAUGGAAGCUCCAAAAGGGAAUAACCAAAAGAUGAAGAAUUAGUUGGUGUUUCAAUAUCUAAGGUUAUCUGGCCUUUGUGACUGCACCAUGGGAGGGGAAGUGUGGGGGGAGCUGUCUAUUUCCACAUUAACCUUCUGCCUACCUUCAUGUUUCACGCCUUCAUAGUUUGCUCAGUGUGGAAUCCUUGGCCUGCAUCUGUCUGUGUUUUUAACUGCUAACUAAACCAAAAACAUGUGACACAAGGUGAAAAAGAACUAAAACGCUCAGAUGAGCAAGAAUCGAAAACAAACCACGCUGUGAGGACGAGUGCUGGACUCUUAACAGUGAAAAGGAAAAGCUGAAAAAUAAUUCAGCAGCAGCCAUUGUUGUUGUUUGCAAGUCGUUUCCCUCUUUUGGAACUUGACCUCUGCAAAAGAUGUGCUCUGUCUUUAUCAGCACGACUGGCCAUGACAACAACAGUGUGUGUGUUUGAAAGGUAAAUAGAGAUUGAGUGUGUGUGACAGGAGCCAGUAACCACCGUUAGCCCAUCCUGACCAAUUCAAUCAAUGCCCAUCCCACCAUGGUUGACCUCUUAAUGGUCCAACAGCGACCCAUCCUUGUGGAAAAACAGCAUCAGGGAGUGGACGGUUAAAUACCUCAGUACGUUAAAGCUAAAGGAAAUCACAUCGGUGGAUAUUCUCCAGUGAAAAGAGUCUAUUGUCCGGGACUAAGUUUAAUCUACAGCUGGGAGACCUCGGUGUGGCCGUAGGGACCGGUUCCAUCCCGUCGCUCAGCUGAUGCAGCAAACAGCACAAUGGAGGCAGCAGUUAACAAAACAGCGCAGCAGUAAUUCUCCGUUGUCCCGGCUCUGAUCCCUGGCGUCUCGUAGGCUGGCGGCACGUAGAACAGUGACUAUGACAAAUGAGAGCGAGCCCGAUCUCUGCCUGGUGGCUGCCGUCUGUGUCUGUGCGAGUCGAUGUGAAAGGCCAUCGGGUGCUGAUUUAUACAUCGGCGCCCACUGAGGAACAAGAAAAUCACAUCCGCACGGCUCCCACAGAGACACGCGGGCGCUGCUGAGCGCCGCUAUAAAAACACUGUGACAUUAUGCAGCACAUCAAACAGCUGUAAACUAACUGCAGAUUGUUGUACAGCCCACAGCUGAGAGCACUUUAACAAAUAAGAAUUAUCACGAUUAAUCCUUCAUUCAUGUCUCAGGAGGCAGAGAGAGUGGGGGUUUUUUAGGACUUACAACUUUUGUUUUUUAGAGAAAAAAAUCUACUGUCAUAACAUCAGGUCCUGUUUUAUUUAGCAUCAUCACCUUACAGCAAGGAGGUCUUGGCUUCCUUUACUAAGAAGUCAGUGGUUCAACCUUGGCUCCUCCAACCUACAUGGGGAAGUAUCCUUGGGUAGGAUACUGCAUCCCAUAAGUGCUCUUUGCUGUAUCCAUCGGAGUGUGAGUGUGUGAAGGUUAAAAGUGCCGUGUGUUUGCCUGAGUUCUCACAGCCCAAAGACCUCUAUGGGUCUGUCUCUGACAGACUGGAGACCUGUGUAUCAUAUAUAACCACUCCUAUGCUCUUUUGCUGUUUUACUCUUUGAAGAUUCCCCCUUGAUCCUGCAAAGACCGGUGGGUGCCCGUCUCUGCAGGAACCUGGGCAAAUGUUGGUCCUUUAUUUAUCCAGGUGAAAAAACUCAUUGAGAUUAAAAAUCUCAUUUCCAAGAGAGACCUGGCAUCAUGGCAGCGAAAGUCAAAACUACAUGUACCACAUAAGUACAUUUAAACACAGUUUUCACGGCUCCCCUUGACCUUUGACACAACUGCCCCAUAAAAAGUGCAAACUGACAUGCUAUGUACAUUUUCAAGAGUCCCUAAAACCACUCUUUAAACCACAUUUACAUUUUGCAGGUGGCGCUAUAGAGCCAUUUUCCCACACCCACGGAAAAAACCAAUAAAACAUGACAGCCUUCAUCGCGUUUGAGGCGUGGGCCAAAUUUCAUGACUUUAGAAGCUUUCCUAGCUCCUCAUCGGCAGCUUACCAGUUCAUGGCGAAUCACCAUGCCAACAGGGCGUGGUCUUAAAUAAAAACUCACAAUUUUCACAGUAAGGCAUCAUCGGGGUCGAAGUUAAUGCAGAUGACCUUUGGGGUGCAUGUAAUGAACCUGUGAAGAGGACAAAAGUUGAUCUUUCCUGUUCCCACUA